UAGAUGCCCAGCCAGCCCAGCAGGCGGUGUGUAAGGUCAGGACAGAGGUCAUGGAGGUCACCAGAGCCAUGUUAGACCGACGCAACGCCAACUUCCUGUUGUGGCCGCCGUGUGUGGCGGUGCAGCGCUGCUCUGGCUGCUGUAACACCCGAAUGCUACAGUGCGUCCCCACGGUUACUCAGACACGAUAUCUUACAGAUUUACAAACACCAUCCUCCCCCCAGGUAACAAGGAUCCAGUACAUCGAUAAGAGACCCCACUACGACAAGGCGGUGAUCUCAGUGGAAGACCACGCCUCCUGCCGCUGCCAGACACACCCCUCGGCCACAGCUGCAGCCAGGUCCACCUCUCUCCCCCCUCCUCCCCCCCGACUCACACCCAAACCCCCCUCCCUCUCCAAGGAAGACCUCCAUCGCCAUGACAAUAUGAAGGCCAAUCAGAGGUUCCAUGUGGAUGACAGGGGGCAGCUGGAGAGACAGUGGCAGGACAAGUACAGCCUGUCACACACACAGCCACGGACACACACACAGACACACCCAAUAGCAGGGGCAGGGACGCAGGUAGGGACACACACACAGCCACACACACACACACAGACACACCCAAUAGCAGGGUCAGGGACGCAGGUAGGGACACACACACAGCCACACACACACACACAGACACACCCAAUGGCAGGGUCAGGGACGCAGGUAGGGACACACACAGACACACACACACAGAUGGGUCCCUCUCAUGAGCUCCCUAUAGGGCAUGGCAGUGGGUAUGAGGGGGGGAGAGGGGAGGAGAGAGGGUCACAAACACCUCACCGCACACACACUGACACACAGCCCAACACAGGAGAGAGGCAACACAUUGACAACACAGAGAGAACACAGGAGAUAGGAAGACAGCAACAACUACAACAGUACUACCAACAACAACAAUAUCUACAACAACAGCGACAAUAUCAACAACAACAACAACAGCAACAUCAACAACAUCAACAACAACAGUACCAACCAUACAGCCAAGAGCCAGAGCUCAGGACUCAAUACAAACACAACGCUCCCCAAUCCGACAGCAGCGGACCACCUGACACAAAACAACCGGCCAAUCACAAACCAGAACUGGUCCACAGCAACACAGAACCGACCGAUGAUAAUGACUCAAGCACAGAGGUGGCCAAUAGAGACGCUCUAAAGGAUACAGAGGUCACCAGACAGGCAGCGACAGAAGUGACCAAUCACAGAAAGGAGGACGAUAAAGAGCGACACAGCCAGACAGAGCUGUCCAAUCAGGAACAAAGACACUCAGAGUCGACCAAUCAGGGUGACUCUGUCACAGAGGAGGAGAGCAGGAAGAAACUUCUAGAACUCUUACAGAGAGAACUGGGCCAGAAACAACAGCAUCAUCCUCCUCAUCCUCAUCUUCCUCAUCAAGACCAUCAUCAUCCUCACCAUCGUCAGUCUCGAACACAAACCACCACCACACAAAGACCAGUGCCCCCCACGUUGUCCUCCAGCAGGGCCCCAGGGUGGUCCCCCAGCACCCCGUCCCCUCCCCCCAAGCCCCCGCAGGGCCCGUUCAGACCGGCACUUCCCCGCGGACGCAGGAGGAGGAAACACCGGAGCCGCAUCAGCAAGGCUGCCCUCCGAACCAUGAUCAUGUAGAGAGAGAUGGCAACUGGGUCGACUGUGUUUGCCGGGCCCACCCAGGGUCGUGUUCAUUAGGCACCAAACGGAAGAAAACGGACUGAAACAGGGACAACAUGGAAUAAACCCUCAUUUCUUGUUUUAUAAAACGUUUUGUGCCCUAAUGAAUACUGAGGGAUACUGCCUGGCAAUGGAACCUCAGGAUGGACACUGGAGACUGGCCAGCACUUCUGGACUCUACUGCUGGUUAUGGAACCUCAAGAUGGACACUGGAGACUGGGCAGCACUUCUGGACUCUACUGCUGGUUAUGGAACCUCAAGAUGGACACUGGAGACUGGGCAGCACUUCUGGACUCUACUGCUGGUUAUGGAACCUCAAGAUGGACACUGGAGACUGGGCAGUACUUCUGAUCUCUACUGCUGGCUAUGCUAACAGACAUUACUGCAGGCUGUGUCAAUCUUUGCACCCCAGAAUGUAGCAUGUAGCAUCUUUCUAUAAAAAAUCUGCUAGCUUUAUUUAAACCGCGAUAUCAAGACAAUGGACAAUCUCAGACAGAGACUCCUUAGAAAGGAGGUAGUUCUGGAUGUUUAACACUGGAAGGAGAGUGAUGUAACCUUUGAAAAAGGAGCCAAGCAAACUACAUCUCCCAUCAGCCAUAGGCUUGUAUAAUUCUAGCCCCGCCUACUUUGAACACUGGCUACUGAUUGGACAGUUAAGGAGGGUGUUCGGCGGAUAUUAUUAGAUUGCUUGCUGCAACAGCCAUUGAUUGGUUGAUUUAGAUGCCAUGGAACACGCCCCUCUCUACAGCUUGACUAUGAUUGGUUGCUAAGAAUAGAACUGAAAUCUUAUUGGCCCAAAAUGGUGCUUGAGGCCAUCUAUUUCUAAGAGACAAUGCAAAGCUUGGAUGUGGAUAUUUCACUGGAAUGUACUGGGUUGACAAUGGAAACUGUUCUCAGAUAAACAAUGUUAUCCUACUGGUGUAACUGGGAUAACUGUCCUGGGAAUAUGACUGGUGUAACUGGGAUAACUGUCCUGGGAAUAUGACUGGUGUCACUGGGGAUAACUGUCCUGGGAAUAUGACUGGUGUAACUGGGAUAACUGUCCUGGGAAUAUGACUGGUGUAACUGGGGAUAACUGUCCUGGGAAUAUGACUGGUGUCACUGGGGAUAACUGUCCUGGGAAUAUGACUGGUGUAACUGGGGAUAACUAUCCUGGGAAUAUGACUGGUGUCACUGGGGAUAACUGUCUUGGGAAUAUGACUGGUGUAACUGGGAUAACUGUCCUGGGAAUAUGACUGGUGUAACUGGGGAUAACUGUCCUGGGAAUAUGACUGGUGGAACUCAGAUAACUGUCCUGGGAAUAUGACUGGUGUAACUGGGGAUAACUGUCCUGGGAAUAUGACUGGUGGAACUGGGAUAACUGUCCUGGGAAUAUGACUGGUGUAACUGGGGAUAACUGUCCUGGGAAUAUGACUGGUGGAACUGGGAUAACUGUCCUGGGAAUAUGACUGGUGGAACUGGGGAUAACUGUCCUGGGAAUAUGACUGGUGUAACUGGGAUAACUGUCCUGGGAAUAUGACUGGUGUAACUGGGAUAACUGUCCUGGGAAUAUGACUGGUGUAACUGGGAUAACUGUCCUGGGAAUAUGACUGGUGUAACUGGGGAUAACUGUCCUGGGAAUAUGACUGGUGUAACUGGGAUAACUGUCCUGGGAAUAUGACUGGUGUAACUGGGAUAACUGUCCUGGGAAUAUGACUGGUGUCACUGGGGAUAACUGUCCAGGGAAUAUGACUGGUGUAACUGGGGAUAACUGUCCUGGGAAUAUGACUGGUGUAACUGGGGAUAACUGUCCUGGGAAUAUGACUGGUGUAACUGGGGAUAACUGUCCUGGGAAUAUGACUGGUGGAACUGGGGAUAACUGUCCUGGGAAUAUGACUGGUGGAACUGGGAUAACUGUCCUGGGAAUAUGACUGGUGUAACUGGGGAUAACUGUCCUGGGAAUAUGACUGGUGGAACUGGGAUAACUGUCCUGGGAAUAUGACUGGUGUAACUGGGGAUAACUGUCCUGGGAAUAUGACUGGUGGAACUGGGAUAACUGUCCUGGGAAUAUGACUGGUGUAACUGGGGAUAACUGUCCUGGGAAUAUGACUGGUGUAACUGGGAUAACUGUCCUGGGAAUAUGACUGGUGUAACUGGGAUAACUGUCCUGGGAAUAUGACUGGUGGAACUGGGGAUAACUGUCCUGGGAAUAUGACUGGUGUAACUGGGAUAACUGUCCUGGGAAUAUGACUGGUGUAACUGGGAUAACUGUCCUGAGAAUAUGACUGGUGUCACUGGGGAUAACUGUCCAGGGAAUAUGACUGGUGUAACUGGGGAUAACUGUCCUGGGAAUAUGACUGGUGUAACUGGGGAUAACUGUCCUGGGAAUAUGACUGGUGUAACUGGGAUAACUGUCCUGGGAAUAUGACUGGUGUAACUGGGAUAACUGUCCUGGGAAUAUGACUGGUGUAACUGGGAUAACUGUCCUGGGAAUAUGACUGGUGUAACUGGGAUAACUGUCCAGGGAAUAUGACUGGUGUAACUGGGGAUAACUGUCCUGGGAAUAUGACUGGUGUAACUGGGGAUAACUGUCCUGGGAAUAUGACUGUGUAACUGGGAUAACUGUCCUGGGAAUAUGACUGGUGUAACUGGGAUAACUGUCCUGGGAAUAUGACUGGUGUAACUGGGGAUAACAUGAGUAAAGGGGGAUAGAACAUAUGGAUAGUGAAGCACUGAAAGGAGAAGCUCGGUGUAGGGGGAAUGCGCCCUUAGACACGGAUCUUGGGUCAGUUUAGCAUUUUCCUUGCUAAUGGUUAAUGUUAGAUUUGGUGGAGGGGAAGCUGAUCUUAGAUCUGGAGCGAGAAGCUCAGGACAUCACACACACACACACACAGAGACAUGUCAUUUCUACUACUACAGUAUCUUUCGAUGUUCUGUCUACAUCUGGAUCUAACCAAUCCAAACACUGGAGUAGUUACACACUGGAGCGCAGAUAGAACUAGAAAACAUAGAGGGAGAAGUAGAGGGAGCGUAUAGAGAGCAUUUAAAUAGAACCGUUCUAGUUGUCCUAUAUCUAUUACAGAGAAAAGCAGGUAUAGAACUGGAAAACCUAGAUUGAAGGACAGCAUUUUUGCACUGGGAGAGCAGAGAAAGGAACAUAUGCCAAAAGUCGCCAUAGUCACCAUAGCAGGAGGCCAUAGACUACUCAGAUGACAGACACUCAACACUCAACAUCCAACACCGACUCUAUACCUUAGAUGUUUCAACCUUUUCAACAUAGCCUGGAAUGUGUGGCGGAAAUAUUUCAAGGGAAUUGUUGCUCAGUAGGUCUUCAACGUCGCCUGGGGAGUUGUGUGUUUCAGCUGUAGGGAAGUCUGUUGUCUUUGUCUUGCCAAACACGGAAGCAACAAUGUAGCGUUGUUGACUGACUCAACAGUCAAACACCCAGGUUACAAUAAGGAACUGGAGAUUUUACUGUAUAUCAGGAGAAUUGAACUCUGACCCUAUGAGGUCCAGAGCCUGCUGCUUUUCUGUUCUCCCUGGUAAUGAAUUGCAGCCACCUUAGGUAUAAGUCAGUCCCUGGUUAGUGGGGAACAAUGAGAAAAAGCAGGGGGACUGGCUUUGAGGGUCCGGAUUUGAAUUUGAGGGCUGUAGGUCAUUCAUUGUGCCAUAGUGGUUAUGUCUCUCUCUUCCCCAUCCUGAGACUAGAGCAGGGCUGUCAGCAUCAGUUCCCUGGAAGGCUGUAGGUCAUUCAUUGUGCCAUAGUGGUUAUGUCUCUCUCUUCCCCAUCCUGAGACUAGAGCAGGGCUGUCAGCAUCAGUUCCAUGGAAGGCUGUAGGUCAUUCAUUAUGCCAUAGUGGUUAUGUCUCUCUCUUCCCCAUCCUGAGACUAGAGCAGGGCUGUCAGCAUCAGUUCAAUGGAAGGCUGUAGGUCAUUCAUUAUGCCAUAGUGGUUAUGUCUCUCUCUUCCCCAUCCUGAGACUAGAGCAGGGCUGUCAGCAUCAGUUCAAUGGAAGGCUGUAGGUCAUUCAUUAUGCCAUAGUGGUUACUUCUCUCUCUUCCCCAUCCUGAGACUAGAGCAGGGCUGUCAGCAUCAGUUCCGUGGAAGGCUGUAGGUCAUUCAUUAUGCCAUAGUGGUUAUGUCUCUCUCUUCCCCAUCCUGAGACUAGAGCAGGGCUGUCAGCAUCAGUUCAAUGGAAGGCUGUAGGUCAUUCAUUAUGCCAUAGUGGUUAUGUCUCUCUCUUCCCCAUCCUGAGACUAGAGCAGGGCUGUCAGCAUCAGUUCAAUGGAAGGCUGUAGGUCAUUCAUUAUGCCAUAGUGGUUAUGUCCCUCUCUCUUCCCCAUCCUGAGACUAGAGCAGGGCUGUCAGCAUCAGUUCAAUGGAAGGCUGUAGGUCUUCUGGUUUUUCUCAUGUUUCCUUUCAUUUGUGUCCAUUUAAGAUCUAGACAACCAGCUAAAGGGAAUUUCCUUACUGGUGACCUUAAUUAAUCAUUCAAGUAGAAGGGAGAACUGAAAACACGCAGCCACUCGGCCCUCCAGGAAUUGAGUUUGUCACCCCUGGACUACCCCAGGUAUCAGGCUAGAAAUAAGACUAGCUUAGGCAGUAUGUCUCAAUCCUGGUCCUAGCACUCUAGAACCAGGAUGGAGAACCACUGAGCUAAGGGAGUGGGGACAGCCAUCACAGAGGGAGGAAUAGAAUCUGGAAUGGGAUGCUUUGAAAAACAAUGUCAACCUUUUUGGAAUGGCUCUGAGAGAUAAAUGUUAUCCAACUGUAUGUACUGUACAUGAUUUAAACAUGGUGUUUUUUUUAUUUCUUAACUUAUUUCAGAUGGAGGAUGUGUCAUUCUCUGGUUCCUAAGUGUAAUUAUUGUUGCUGAUGAUAAUUAUUGUUGUUGUAUAUUGUUAUUGUUAAUGAAUGCUAUUUUUAAUAUAAACAUAAAGGCCAGAAUUA